UACCUUAUAAAGUAGUGUAGUUGUUUCCUGUGUCUGUACCCUCUACUUUCUUUCAGUCAGUCUGAGGGAGACAUCUGGCAUUGUAAAAUCACUCUUUCUACCCAAGUGACUGGAGAAACCCUUCUUCUUUUCUGCUCCAUUUCCAUUGGUUGUCCCUUUGCUGCUUCUUACACUGAGGAUAUGGCGCCUUCUCUGCAGACGGCAUUUGCUCGCCGCUGGUGGAUCGCUAGUACUGCAGUGCUGGAGAAUCUCUUUUUCUCAGCUGUUCUGUUCGGAUGGGGCUCACUGCUCAUCAUGUUACAACAGGAAGGAUUUUAUUCACAUCUAUGCAAAGAGACAAAUUCUUCUGAGAAUGAAUCAUUGUCCUAUAAAGCAACAGCUAAUGCCUCAUUACCGAAGCCAUGGCUGACUUGUACGGCCCAGGAAGAGAUGCUGAAUUUGGGUUUUACAAUUGGUUCCUUUUUAUUAAGUGCAGCAACUCUUCCCUUGGGGAUUCUGAUGGAUCGAUAUGGACCUCGCCCACUCAGAUUAGUGGGAAGCUUCUGCUUUGCACUGUCAUGUGCUCUGGUGGCUCUCUCUGGAUAUGAUCCAUCAGUGUUAGCCCCGGUGAUAUUUCUUGCUCUGUCUCUAAAUGGUUUUGGAGGUAUCUGUCUGACGUUCACAUCUCUAACAUUACCCAAUAUGUUUGGCAGCCUGAGCUCUACAAUGAUGUCGUUAAUGAUUGGAUCUUACGCAUCAUCUGCCAUCACAUUUCCUCUUCUUAAACUUAUAUACGAGGCAGGUGUCUCUUUCGUGGGGAUUAUGCUGGGCUGGUCUGCUUUAGCUUGUCUGAUUUUUCUCAACUGUCUCAUCAAUUGGCCCAAGGAAUCCAUCCCGUCGCCAGAAGAGACCGACUUUACGAAAAAGGUUACACUGCGCACUCUUGCAUUAGACCACAAAGUUACUGGAGACCAGUUUUACACCCACGUGACUACUGUUGGCCAACGAUUAAGUCGCAAAGGUGAUUCUCAGGGAGAACAUUUGUCCAAUGAAGACUUGUCAAAACCUGCCAAAAAAAGCGAACCUUCCCCCACAUUCCUACAGAGUGCCUCCUCUCCCAUAUUCCUCUUCUCACUUAUUACGAUGAUGAUGACUCAACUUCGCAUCAUUUUCUUCAUGGCUGCAAUGAACAAGAUGGUGGAAUACUUGGUGCUUGGGACUCAAGAAAAUGUACCCGCGGAUCUAAAACUGCAAGCAGAGAAUACAGUGGGUUUAUAUUCAUCAGUGUUUGGGGCAUUACAACUGCUCUGCCUGUUCACCUGCCCCUUCAUUGGAUUUGUCAUGGACUGGAGGAUGAAAGAGAGCAAUGAAGGGUCUAAGACUGUGCAGAAACUAUCCAAUGCUACCAGGGCAUUUGUCUUCACAAAUAUCUUACUAAUUGGCUUUGGGGUUACUUGCCUUAUUAGCAACCUCCCAUUACAGUUUUUAUCAUUUAUUCUCCAUACGAUGGUCAGAGGUUUUAUCCAUUCAGCCUGUGGGGGACUGUACGCUGCUGUGUUUCCAUCCAAUCAUUUUGGCACCCUCAUUGGGCUGCAGUCACUCCUCAGCGCAGUAUUCGCUUUACUGCAAGAGCCUCUGUACAGGGCCAUGCUUGGACCGCUCCAUGGAAAUGGAUUCUGGGUAAACAUGGGUCUACUAAUAUCCUCCUUUGCUGGUUUCAUCCUUCCGGGAUAUUUAAUAGUGUACCGCUGUCGCCUGCUGAGACAAGCCACGAGUGAAAAGGACCCAGCCACCAUACAACUGCAAGACAUGAACCAUGCCAACGGGGUGCCAGAGGGCGAGACUAAAGCUUAGUGACAUAGCGGGUCCAAAACUGCAUACUGGAGAGACGGAUAAGUGAGAAGAGCUGCGCUGCUGUAUAAAAAUGUUAUGAUGAGAAAAUGAACUUUGAAUUCUUUAAGUAUUUAUUGUAAAAUAUCACAGUGAGUCUCAUGCUGACGUUCCCUGGAGAACUGGUGGCCUGAUAAAUCCAGGGGACGUUUAAAUUUACUGACAUGUUUUGGUGCUUUGAUGCACACAGGACUCGUCACUGAGCUAUAUUUUUCUUCCAUUUUUUCUGCAUGUUUAUUCACAGGAAAAUCUUUCAUGGCAUAAUAUCAACAAGUAAGUAAACAUGGGUCUGUUAGCACCCAUUAUGUUCUACGUUUCAUUUUUGGAACCACAACAUGCAGAGUAUUUUCACCUGUGAAGAAAAUGUUUCUUAUUAUUGAAAGAAACAAAAACAAAGAGUAGAACAUAUGAAUUACAUGUUUUUUUUUAUUGCUUUAUGUGCAUUAUUAUUACAGAAAAGAAAAUGGGACAAUAGUGGCAAUGAUCUUAGAUUUGACACAACUGAGAUAAAACCAUGCCACAAUGAAGAAGCACAUUCUUUAGAUCAGAUCUCCUUACAUACUCAGGGUUAUUUGGUGACCAGUUUAUAUAAGACUUGAAUAUGGCACCAUAAGGAAACCUUGCAACUAUUUAAACUUGAAACAUUUGCUUUAAUUUGUUUUGUAUAGAAAGCUAAAUCCAGAUGUCAUUGCAAUCCCCCCACCAGACUUGCCUGCACCCAAACAACAAUGGCCCUCAUUCCGAGUUGUUCGCUCGGUAUUUUUCAUCGCAUCGCAGUGAAAAUCCGCUUAGUACGCAUGCGCAAUGUUCGCACUGCGACUGCGCCAAGUAACUUUACUAUGAAGAAAGUAAUUUUACUCACGGCUUUUUCUUCGCUCCGGCGAUCGUAAUGUGAUUGACAGGAAAUGGGUGUUACUGGGCGGAAACACGGCGUUUCAGGGGCGUGUGGCUGAAAACGCUACCGUUUCCGGAAAAAACGCAGGAGUGGCCGGGGAAACGGUGGGAGUGCCUGGGCGAACGCUGGGUGUGUUUGUGACGUCAACCAGGAACGACAAGCACUGAAAUGAUCGCACAGGCAGAGUAAGUCUGGAGCUACUCAGAAACUGCUAAGUAGUUAGUAAUCGCAAUAUUGCGAAUACAUCGGUCGCAAUUUUAAGAAGCUAAGAUUCACUCCCAGUAGGCGGCGGCUUAGCGUGUGUAACUCUGCUAAAUUCGCCUUGCGACCGAUCAACUCGGAAUGAGGGCCAAUGUUUCUUCACCUUUGAUUUUUGGAAACAAACAGUACUGUACUGUACAACACCCAACCCUGCAAGAUGCAUUACAAGCAAGGAAUUGUGGAUGUCUUCAGUCACUGAGUAGACAGAUGAUCUGUAUAGUAACAAUGUCAUAUUUGCAAAUUCAUCUGAUAAUUUAAAUAGCUUACUGUUAUUGAAAGUGUUGUUGGUUACCUGAGCAGAUUUUGAUUGCAACCAUGUUGGGUUAUGUCAGACAAGUUUUAAAAUGCUACCUUUUUCUGCCUAGAAAAAUGCUGCACUCUGAAUAUUCCUUACUCAAGGGGAAUAGAACAGUAGAAUAAAUUUCACUAAGGCGGCAACAAAUGAAUAGCUAAUUAUGGGCCUAAUUCAUGUUUGUACGCACAUGCCUACUCAGCUGUGAUUCUCCAGGCUACAGACUUGCUAAUCAUUUCAAGUGAAGCUGCCGCCCAGAAAUGAAUAUAGACACCCAUCAGAGCCAUCACAAAUUCCUCAGCAACUGUGUACACAUACGCAGCAUUGACGCAGUAACGAGGAACAUCAACUCCCCCAUGGCGCCACAGAAGUAACGGCACUGGCACUAUCUUUCUCUACAUAUAGUACAUGAGCACAGCUGAAGGCAGAUUCACACCCCAAAAAUGGCCGUGACAAGCCUGCGUUUUUGCCGCCACUCCCCAUUACCCCCUCCCCCAAAUCUCUUCCUGUCGAUCACUCUGUGUUUCAAUUCUUAUUGUGGGUGGCAUCGCAAAGGUAUCUUGGCGUAUGCACAGUGCGAUUGCAGUGCAUGUACAGUCUGCCGAUAAUCGCUCAGUUGCGUGACUAUCUACAUUGCGUGCAAACAUGAAUUUGGCCCUAUGUUGAAAUAAUUUACUAGUAGUUAUUUUAUGUAAAGCAGUUUGUUUUUGUUUUUGUUUCUUAAGAUCAGUGAUCUUUUAAAAAUGACUGUAGAUCAGUGCCACAAAUGUUAGGAGCCAGUGACAUACUGGGGCAUUUCUGAACAGUGGAUGAUCAAGCCUCUCCAGGCACUUCUAUAGCUGGAGACAGGUGCCGCUAUGGAACGAACCGUGCUGACCCCUUGCACCUAGGUUGACAGUACCACCCUUGGUGCCUUGGUAAGAGCCAUGUAUCAGACGUUAGUAACAAAUCUUUACAUCUAUUUACAAACCAGUGGAGGCAAUUUUUUAAGUGCACUCAUUGUGCAACACAAGACACUUUAAUUUAGCAUUGGCGCACAUAAAGUAGGUGCUAUGCUGUGAACAUCAUGGUGCGUGCUUACUUUCUGCUCAUAGAAGUAAAACUACACCUAAGUGUGCAGAUGUGAAGAAGUGAAUUGUGCAAAAGUGUAAAUGUCAAAUAUUUCUAUCACUUUAGAACUACCACAGUCAUUGAAUGAUGCACUUCAGUUUUUAUCUUAAAAUACUGCUUGGCUUAGCCCUAUUUAUGGUUUGGAUGAUUGAAUGAUGAGUGAAUAUGAAUAUUUGGUAUUUUUGUUCUGCAUUGGCAGAAUGCAUCUAGUAAGGAUCUUUACCACCAAAAAGCAACUUUGAUGCCUAUUAAAAUAAGGGUUCAGAGUUAGUGGAAAAAAGUAUUUUGCAGAGUGGAAAAGGCUUUGUCCUCUUGGCACAGCUAGGAACACCCCUAAAAUUGACCCUUGACACCACUUUAUCUUAUUUCAAUAAUCUCACUCUGUAAACCAAAAUCUAGUUUUGGCAUUGGCGAACCUAGGACCUAUUUCAGAUUAGUAAUUAAACCUAUUAGUGUACAGUAUGUAAUAUUUUGAUGUUUGUGCAUGUGCAGAAUGGGUCCUGCGUAUCCGAUCGCAGCCCCCUCUUAGCCGCAGCAUGAUUGACAUGUUGUAACCGGGACUGUUUAACAAAACAGGGGCAUGUUGACCCCGUUAUGCAGAUGUGUCGAGCCCAGGGUUGCAGACUUCCUGGACCCAGCCAGUUUGAGUCGCGAUGGUGAACUAUGGACGUAGCACUUGGAUUGCAGAUGCAUGCAAAAGGUGUGUAUUUGCAUUUUAUUUGUAUGGUAUUACACAGCUGCUUCCCUGUGGCUGUGUUAUAAAGUACAACUUGGAAUCAGGCCCCUAUUCUGUACUUUACAGGGAACACCCUCACUCUAACCAAAUCCUUCCACUGCCUGCUGCAAUCGUUUGCUUGGCUGCAAAUGCUGGCACCUUACUUCACAAUUCUGUUAGCUUUGGAGGAAAUCUAGGCCCUAGAGAUGUGUGGUUCGGUACUCCAGAAGUCCGAAUCCACUCGAAAUUUGUGGAUCCGAACCAAAACCUGGUCCAGAUCUAAUGAGGAACCCCAGUUCUGAUCUUCCUGCCGUUCGGAAUUUGGAUUUUAUCUUCGUAUUUGGAUUUUAUUUGCUGUUUUUGUAGCUUUUUAUCAAUAUUUAUCAUUUUUUUUUAAAUAGAUUUUUAACCAAACCAAAAACUGAAUCCAAACCAAAUCACCUGAGGGUGAUUUUGCCAAAACCAAAACACGAUUAAUUAAAACCAAAGCACUUAGUUGCACACAUCUCUACUAGGCACACUUAUGCAGGCACUCCAAGAGGGGUAUCCAGUAUAAUUUUUCUUAGUUGGCAGGAAGACACAUUACACUUAUAAAUACAGUUUGUUUGUGUUGUCAGUUAAAUAUUAUUUAUACUGAUGAGUGUAUAAGAAUGUAAUUCUUUUUGUAUGUUGUGAUGUGACAUUGUAUAAAUAAAGAACAAUGUAAAGUAA